AUGCCCGGAGGGACCGUCGAUCCCGCUCUGCUUCCUCUUAGCAAUCGCCAGAGCUGCGUACUGGCCAGCAGUAUCCCCGACCUGCAGCUGGGAAAGGACCUCGGAAUCCCCGGCCUCAGUUCCCUGCAGCUGAAACUGGCGCGUGCGCCCUAUGCCGCGCGCUCCGUGGAGUACACCGAGAGGGCCAUCACACUCUGGCAGUUGGAGGGCCGGGCCCCCAUUCCCGUGGAGGUUCAGAUGGAGAUCACCCAGGCGCCCUCGCUCUUUGCCCUCCCGGUCAUGCAGAAGAGGCCCUGGGAGACCCCAUUCCAGGCACGGGGGCAGUGCAGGAUUCGCAUGUCGUGGCGCUGCAGCAUUCCCCUCCGCUUCCCUGCGAGCGUGACCCCUUGCGCCCUGGACGAGGCGGCGAUGAGUUCACCCGAGGACUGGACCCCCAGUCUUGAGGGCGCGCCGACUGGGCUGUCGCUGGUCGGCUCCAGCGCAAAGGAGCGGGAGAUACUGCUGACGGCGGCCCCGGACAAGACAACCUUUGAGUAUGUGGCAAUGUUCACUUUUCCCAAACUGGCCUUUGGGGCUCCAUCUCAGAUGCGGCCUCGCUGGAUGGCGUUCGUGGGGCGCCUGUUCACCCCCGAUUCGUACCUCGUCGCUAUCCUGAAAGUCCCCACUGUGGUCAUGUCCAGGAACGCCGACCAGCAGAGCAAGGCCCAGUCCCUGCUGUGGGGUAAGGUGAUGCCUCUGAGCAGCACCAGCCUUGACUACACCCCUUUCAUCGACCAUGUCAAGGGGUACGUGGAGCUGACGGCGUGUCGCCGCUUCACGCACCUCGGCAUUCUCCGCCAGCUCACGCCCGCCGACUUUGAGUUCCUGGCAGCCAAGGCAGGCUUUGUCAAGGUGGAUGGCAGCAUUCGCCGCAAGCCCAGCAGCAGCGAGUUUUCGACCUUCAACAUCUGGCUGGAUGGCCACUUGCAGACCAUACACCACUGCCGGGCCCAUUUCGAGCGCCUGGAUCCCCUCAUCCUGGCAGGCUUUGCGUGCACUCGCGAAGCUGCGAGGAAGGCCAUCUGGGACCAGCCUCCGGGGGCUUUCCUGCUCCGCUUUGGCAGCAAGGGCGGUCAGCUGGUGAUGACCCUGAAGAGCUUCUCUGGCAGCGUCGAUCAUGUCCUCCUGAAUCACUUCCGCCUCCAAGCGGAGGGGCUGGAGAACACCGUGCAAGCCUACCCAGAGGCGCGGCUGCUCCUGGACACCAGCACCGGGUAUCUACACAAUCUGAACCAUGCCCUGCAAUGGCACUAUAUCAAUCAGGAUGGCGGCGAUGUCCCCGGCCCCAAAAGGCGCAAGGACUACUGCUCCAGCCCGACCGAGUGCUCCUCCCGCAACCAGGGCCCCUGCGAAGGCUCCGGCAGCUUCCCAUCGCUUGCUGGCUUCCCCCUGGGGCCUGGGCUCCCUCAUGGGCCCGUGGACAUGCUGCUGGCCCCCCCGGGACCAGGGGAGGGGCAUUCGGCGCCGCCCUCCCUCGUGCGGGGCCCAGGCGCCGAUGCCCACACGCUGUACAACCCGCUCAUCGAUGGGUCUUUCCUCCUGCCCUCAGGCAUGCUGCCCCACCCAGGCAGCGCCGACUUCCUGCACCUCAGCGGGGGCCAGGACGGCCCUGGCGCCUGGAACUAG